UUAUCGUCGAAGAGACAGUUCUCUUGACUAUUCCUUAUUCCUUAUCACUGUCACUGUUUAGUUCUAAUUCAUCUAUACAUUUUAUAUACGAACGACUCGUGGGUCGGGAUGAAUUCAAGAUAUUCUCUGACAUAAAAGUUGUCUUUACAACAUUCUAUAUAUUAGAAUGACUGAUAAAACAAGAGCGCAAUCGUUAUUAAAAGAAAAAGUGUCUAAAUUUCAGGAUUUUUUUGUGGAUAACCUCCAAUCUCAUUUAAAAAACACAAAUAUACGUAUACUAAAUUCGAUGACAUCAUCAUAAAUCAUAAUACCCAGGGCUAUUUUAACUAAAAUAAAAAGUAUUGACAGUGAAUUAGAACUAAUUUUAAGAAAACUUAUCUUUUCAUAAUGGAUAAAGAAAGGGAUAAAAGUGAUUCCAAAAGUAUAAAAUAUUCGUGUGUCGAGAACAUGGGACUUAUAGAUCCAGAAGUUCGUUUGAAGUCGUUGUCCUCUCGUGGCGGAAAUAUUGAGAUGGACCACAACACUCCUCUUCGAAGAUAUUACAGGGCAGGAAUCGAAAUUAAUAGAAUGGCUACUGUUUACGUAAAAGAAGGCAAUCUCGAGGAUGCGUAUAUUUUAUACCAUAAAUUUAUGACACUUUUUCUGGAAAAGGCCAGAAAACAUCCUGAAUACAAUACUGUACCGGCAAAAGAUCGAGCCAUCAACUCAGAAAUGCUGAGGGAGGUACUUCCCAAGGCUGAGGCGCUCAAGGUUAAAUUGCUAGAAAGAUACAGAGCUGAAACACUGAGGUACGAAGCUGAUGCAAAACAAAGAGAAAAGGCUGAGGUGGAAAGAUUAGAACAGGAGAAAAAGAGAAGGUUAAAAGAAGAAGAAGACCGACAAAAUAAAUUGGCUGCCCUUGCUGCAGCCCAAUCGGCUAAAACUGUGCUGAAUCCCUCUGUGCUUGGGAAUGCAGAAACAGAACUAUUACAACCAUCUGCGCCACCUCCAUUCCCUACGGUUGCUGCAGAAUUUGAUCCUCUCGCAGUACCAGCGGCUGCGGACAGGAAAACUCCAUCGAUAGAUCGUUCAACAAAACCAACACCGUUUGUCCAUGAUAAACAGAGCUUACGCGAAGUCGUUCUCCCAAGUAGAACAAUGUCAGAGUUUCUUCAUCUUGCUUUCAAGAACACGUCGAACAAUAAAGAAACUUGCGGUGUGCUUGCUGGUAAAUUGGAGAGGAACAAAUUAAUCGUGACACACUUAUUAAUCCCUCAACAAACAGGCUCACCUGAUUCCUGCGCAACACACAACGAGGAACAUAUUUUUGAUUAUCAAGACCAACAUAAUCUCAUCACAUUGGGUUGGAUUCAUACUCAUCCAACCCAAACAGCAUUUUUAUCAAGCGUUGAUUUGCACACCCAUUGCGCUUACCAAUUGAUGAUGGCUGAGGCUAUAGCCAUCGUUUGUGCUCCGAAAUACGAAGAAACGGGCUAUUUCAUGCUUACCCCGGAAUAUGGAUUGAAUUUUAUUGCAAGCUGCAGACGUAAUGGAUUUCAUCCACAUCCAACCGAACCCCCUCUGUACACGGUAGCGAAGCAUUGCAAAAUUUCUUCUUUGGUCGAUGUAGAAGUGGUCGAUCUCAGAAGUAAAUGACGCAUUUGUAAGAAAAUUGAGGCAUUCUGUCUGGCUCAUCGGAUUCUCCUCGAUCCGUUGAGUCAAACGGAGUAUACGAAAAAACGUAAGCAUCUGGACUUGGUUCGUUGGAACCGAGGGACGGUAGGAGCUUUUGAAAAACGUUGCUGAUGCAAUGGCGGCGCUUAAUGAAACUCGGCAACAGAAGGAGUGGAAAAAAUUUCGCUACUGCCAGGCUACGAAAAGCCGAGGAAUAUGGCUGACUUUUGAUCUUCAAAAAAUGCGGACAAGAGGUGACAAUGCAGGAAAAUUAACAUUUCGAUUGAUGCUACCCUGGACGGGAAGAAGUUCCAGAAAAUUUCGUAGCAGUGCACGCUACAAACGUUUUAGAACGUCGAUACAAUCCGCGAUCGCUUUUCCUGCAAAAACGUUAAAUUAAGAUAAAAGUACCAAAUGAAAGAUCAGUAGGUCUUGAUAUCGAAUGUUUUUCGAUUAAUCAUCGUCGAUCUAAUUGCGAUCAAAGCCAAUAUCGAGGGAUUCAGAGAACAAUUUAAUUGUUCGUAAUAUACGCGAAAAAUAGAGUUUAAUAAGAGAACGAAGAAGUAUGAAGAAAUCAUGAAAAAUUUGGUUCGUAUAGCUCCACCUAUUAGCUUUAGCUUUUAUAAAAAUUUUAUAUCGUCAUUGAUACGAACUUGAGUCAUAAGAUCACCGUGCCUUUUUAGGACCGAUGAGAUUUACUUAAAUAUUAAAUUUUCUUGUGUUACUUUACUUUUUAAACGUCUACGUCGUUAUAAGAAUAGUUUAUCGCUAGUCAGAGUUUGCUAAUCGUAUUUAUUAUUUGAAUCAUUAUCGCAGGGGCAGCGAAACAAAGAGAGCAGAUAAUAAUUUUGUGACCGGGUAGUAAUUUUUGAAAAUCAUUGGGAAGAUUAAUGAUGAAUUUACGUUGUUUGAAUCCCUCCAGAAUCGAAGCUUAAGCCGUCAAUUAAACUCUUGAGUGCGUUAAUUAUGUCAAAAUCAUAAAAAACAAAUGCUUAAAAAGAAGAAAAUAAAUUGACACACGUUUUCUUACGCAGUAUGAAAAUUUCGACGCACAGAAUAUAGAAAAAAAAAACAAUUUAUUUCUAUGACAAAUCUAUUUAUCGAAAACUACACGAAUAAAAAUAAAUAUUAUGACAAAAUAAUUCGCAUCGCAACGCUCAGCUCCACCCUUAUUUCACGCCAAAAUAUAACUUUAUUUCUGAGUAUCUCCAGCCAAAACAUCUUCACUCCCGAAUACUGCAUACUUCCGAAUCGUUUCUUCAAAAUAUGUCAACCCUGAAGCAGUGCUCUCAACAGAAUUCAUCACUGCUUCAUUCCACUGCAAACCUCAACUAUUUUUUCGAAAAGAAGAAAAAAAAAAGUUAUGAAAAAAAUGCAGAUUUCAAGAUAAAUAAAGAAUUUUUGGGUGCACGAAAUUCAAUUGA